AUGAAGAUUAACGGGAGAAAUAUUGGUGCCCAUUCCGUUAAGAGAUCAUCCAUGUCAUCUGUCAAUCGCAAUGCUGGAGGUAUUUCUGAGCAUUUCCCUCCAAGGCCACUUCCUGUUUCAUUACCCUUUUCUUGUAUCAGCGGCAAUUUUGGUUUUUUUUUGGCCCAUUUUCAUUCUGCUAGGAGAAUUAAGUCUCAGAAUAAGGGACUAUUUAAAUCUGGGUUUGCUGAUAGUAUUCACAAUCUUGAUGAUGCCGUGGGUUUGUAUAAGCAAAUGGUCCGGAUGAGGCCUCUGCCUUCUGUUAUUGAUUUCGCCCAAUUGCUUGGCCGUGUGGUCAAGAUGAAGCAAUAUUCUGCUGCUAUUUCGAUUUACAAAGAUAUGUGCUUCUUGGGUGGUAUUCCUAUUAAUGACUAUACCAUGAAUAUGGUCAUUAAUUGUUACUGCCUCUUAGAUAGGACUGAUUGUGGUUUUUCUGUUCUGGGAUCCUUCCUCAAGCACGGUUAUUUGCCUGACGUUUGCCUUUUCACCACUUUACUCAAAGGGCUAUUUGGACAAGGUAAGGUUCUUGAGGCACAAGAGUUAUUCAGGAAGAUAAUAUGUGGAAAACUAUGUCAACCCAAUGAUAAAAUGUUUGGGACUGUAAUAGAUGGGCUGUGCAAGGUGGGGAACACUCGUGCAGCCAUUGAAUUUUUGAGGAUAAUGGAAAGAGGAAAGUGCAAGCCCAAUACUAUCGUGUAUAACACCAUCAUUGACAGCUUAUGCAAGGAUAGGAUGGUGGAUGAAGCUCUUGCCCUUUUCUCUGAGAUGAUUGAUAAGGGCAUUCCCCCAAACGUCAUCACUUGUAGUUGUUUGAUUCAAGGGUUGUGUAAUAAUGGUAGAUGGAAAAAUGCUGAAAACAUCUGGAAUAGGAUGGUUGAUUAUAAUAUUUCUCCUAAUGUUUAUACAUAUAACGUCGUGGUUGAUGCGCUUUGUAAGGAAGGAAUGAUCGAAGAAGCCGAGAAGGUAAUUCAUACCAUGAUUCAACAGGGCAAGAGUGCUGAUAUGGUCACCUAUAAUUCACUGUUGGAUGGCUACUGUCUAAUAGGCCAGAUUCCUGGUGCAAAAAGAGUUUUUGAUCUGAUGAAUGAUGGAGGAGUAGCUCCUGGUAUUCAAAGCUAUACUAUUUUAAUCAACGGAUUUUUCAAGCAAAAGAAAGUGGAUGAAGCUAUGCAUCUCUUUAGACAGAUUCAAUGUAAAGGAUUGAAACCUUCAGUUGCUACUUAUAACAUUGUCCUGCAGGGCUUAUUUAGGGAGGGAAAGUGUGCUACUGCAAAACGAGUUUUCAAUGAGAUGCCAGCUGCUUCACUAAAUCCUAAUUUUUACACUUAUUGUGUCAUUUUGGAAGGUUUCACGAAGAAUGCAAAUAUGAAUGAAGCAUUGUUAUUAUUAGAGAGGAUGGACUCUGACCGGGUAGACCUUGACAUUACCAUGUUCAAUAUCAUCAUUAAUGGGUAUUGCAAGAAGGGGAUGCUUGAUCUUGCACAAGACAUUUUUCAAAGUCUUCCUAAUAAAGGAUUGCAUCCUAAUGUUGUGACAUACAAUACAAUGAUAAAAGGACUUUGUGAAGCAGGAAAGCUGAAAGAAGCUAAAGAGUUUCUUGUGAAAAUGAAAGAUGAUAACUGUUCGCCAAAUGCCCGUACUUACAAUAUCAUCGUCCGUGGAUGUCUUAAAUGCGGUGAAUAUUUUGAGGCACAAAUGCUUCUUCAGGAAUUGUUUGCAAGAGGGUUUUCUCCUGAUUUAUCUACUGUUUCAAUAAUUGUUGAUUUAGUUUCUAGUGAAGGGAACAAUUCUAUGCUGCUUGAUAUGGUUUUAAAGGUUGCUCCCUACACCCCUGGGUGA